GACAGACGCCGGCCGGCAGCCCUAACGGAAUCUGGGCGUCGGAGCGCAGUCGCCCGCCUCGGCUGCUCCAUCCCGGGGGAGGACCACUCCGAAGCCGGAGGAAAAGACACCGUUGAGCCCACCAGGCGCCCGGGCUCGGUCUGGAUGCGCCGUCCUGGCCGUGUGUGACCCCUCCGGUUCGGCCCGGCCCUCGGCCUCUGUAAGUGUUCGGGGAGAGCGCCCCUAAGGCCCUGCACCGCCCUCCCGACGCAGCGAAGAGGCUCUCCGACCCGGGCACUAUGAGAGCCACGGAGCGAGGGCCGGAAGCAGAGCUGCCCCUGUCGCUUCGCGGUGCCUGUAGGAUGUCAAGGGCCCAGAGCCGCGGCCGGGGCCGCGAAUAGCACCCCAGAUUUCCUAAUAUCCGGGACAGAGUUAUGCUCCACUUCCCAACUCCGAAGUAAAAUAUAAACAGGGCGGUCAUCUAGGGCAGUCCCCUGGUCCUUUCAACCAUGAAGGCAGAAACAGUGUCCUCGUUGCAAAAGACUCCAGCUGUCGAGGACCAUGAGGUGCCCAGCCAUGGCCUCAGUGAACUGCUGGGUAGCCGAAAGCUGAUGGCUGUGGGGGUCGUGCUUGGCUGGCUCUUGAUCAUCCACUUUCUGGUCAAUGUGUGGCUUCUCUGUCUGCUGUCCGCCUUGCUCAUGGUGCUGGGAGGGUGGCUGGGCUCCAACGCCAUUGUGGGGGCUUCGGGUCGACUGCACCUGGAACGCUUCAUCCCAAUGGCCAUCUGCCCCCCUGACCCCGAAGCAGAAAGGCAGCUGGAACAGGAGAUCAACCGCACCAUCCAGCUGAUUAUUCGGGACUUUGUGUCCUCCUGGUAUCAUUCAGUGAGCCAGGAGCCAGCCUUCGAGGAAGAAAUGGAGGCGGCCAUGAAAGGACUGGCCCAGGAGCUGCGGAGAAGGAUGGGCAUGGUGGACAGUCAUGCCCUUGCCCAAAGGGUUCUGACUCUCUGCGGUUGUCACCUGCAGAGCUAUAUUCAGGCAAAGGAGGCCACAGCAGGGAAGCAGAGUGGUACAGUUGAGCCCUCCCAACUCUGGGAGGCGUACUGCAGGGCAACUGCCCCACAUCCUGCGGUACAAAGCUCCAGUGCUGAGGUUACCUAUACACGCAGCAUUGUGGACCUGUUGCUUCAAGGACUAGUGCCAAAGCCCCACUUGGAGACUCGGACAGGGCGCCACGUGGUGGUGGAACUCAUUACUUGCAAUGUGAUCUUACCACUGAUCGGCAAGCUGUCCGAUCCUGACUGGAUCCACCUUGUACUCGUGGGCAUCUUUUCCAAGGACAGAAAUGAUACAGCAGUGGUUAAACCACUCUGCCCAGCCAGUACCCUGGAACAGCCCUCAGUGCCCACGUCUCUGCCGCUGGUUGUGGAGGUACAGAGUCUGCCAGAAAGAGCCCCUUCUCCAGCUGCAGCCCCAGUGCCCCUCACCUGUCCUGAGCCAGAGGGCCUGUUACGCUCCUCCCCCGAAGUUGAAGAAGGCCAUGAAGCUAUAGAGGGAGAUUUGGGCGGAGUGCCAGAAGAAAGAAAAGUAGAAAACAGCUCAUCUCAUUUCCUACAGCCAGAUAUCCGAGGCCCUCUGUUCUUAUGUGAAGAUGCAGAGCUGGAGUCUCCAUUGUGUGAACUGAGCAAAGAAACCAUCAUGCUCAUGACACCAGGCAACUUCCUGUCUGACAGGAUCCAGGAUGCCCUGUGUGCCAUAGAGGGUUCCCAGUCUCUGGAGCCGAAGGAUGGUGAGGGAUCUGAAGGAACUGAAGGGACAGAGGCUGAGGAAGUUCCAGGAACAGAAACAGAAACAGGCCUGCUGGUCUCCAUGCUGAAUUCCUGCCCAGAGAUCCAGAUUGACACAGCAGAUAAGGAGGCAGAGCAAGGAGAUGUCACCUCCCUUACGCCUUCGCUGGCAAGUCCAGAAAGGACCUGCCCUCCACGACCCUCAUGCUUAAAGAAAGAUCUUGCCAAUGGUGUGAGCUCCCUAGAUACUGGUCUGCCGCAGGUUCUGCUUACCUCCUCUCCAACGGGUCCUCUCAGCUCAGCUACCUUCAGCUUUGAGCCCCUGAGCAGCCCAGAUGGCCCAGUUGUCAUCCAGAACCUGCGUAUCACUGGCACCAUUACUGCUCGAGAGCACAGUGGCACUGGAUUCCACCCAUACACACUCUACACAGUGAAGUAUGAGACAGUUCUUGACGGCGAGAACAGCGGCAACCUGCAGCAGCUGGCAUACCAUACUGUAAAUCGUCGCUACCGCGAGUUCCUGAACCUGCAGACCCGUCUGGAGGAGAAGUCAGACCUACGAAAGUUCAUCAAAAAUGUUAAGGGUCCUAAGAAGCUCUUUCCAGACCUCCCAUUUGGAAACAUGGAUAGCGACAGAGUAGAAGCCCGCAAGAGCCUCCUGGAAUCAUUCCUAAAGCAACUCUGUGCCAUUCCUGAAAUCGCUAAUAGUGAGGAGGUGCAGGAGUUCCUGGCUCUGAACACGGAUGCUCGUAUUGCCUUUGUCAAGAAACCGUUCAUGGUCUCCAGAAUAGACAAGAUGGUGGUGAAUGCUAUCGUGGACACCUUGAAGACAGCAUUUCCUCGCUCUGAACCCCAGAGUCCCACAGAGGAGCUGAGUGAGGCCGAGACAGAAAGCAAGCCCCAAACAGAAGGCAAGAAGGCUAGCAAGUCCAGACUGAGGUUCCCAUCCAGUAAAAUUGCUCCAGCACUGAAUAUGUCUGAACCACACGAGAAGAUUCUCUAUCGUCUCCAGGAAAGCAAUGUGGAGUCAGAGAUCCUAUCCAUGUCUGCGAUGGAAUCCUUUAUUAAAAAACAGACAAAAUUACUAGAAAUGCAGCCAGCAGACGUUCCAGAAGAAGAUCCUGAACAUAUCCCCGAGGGACAUGUGGAUGAUUACCUGUCAGAUGCAGACAUGCCAGCCCAAGACCUCAGCAACAGUGAUCCAGGAACAGAGACAGGGUUAGCUGACACAGCCCUAGAUCUGCUCCUCCUGCUGCUGAUGGAACAGUGGAGAUGGCUCUGCACAGAAAACAUGCAGAAAGUUCUUCAUCUUACCUUUGGGACCCUAAUUCAGAGGUGGCUAGAGGUGCAGGUGGCUAACCUGACAUGUCCACAGCGCUGGGUGCAGUACCUCCAGCUUCUUCAGGAGUCCAUCUGGCCUGGUGGGGUUUUGCCUAAGUAUCCGCGGCCUAUAAGGACCCAGGAGCAGAAGGUGGCAGCUGAGAAACAGGCUUUGCAGAGCCUGAUGGGAGUCCUGCCAGACGUUGUGGUAGAAAUCCUCGGGGCGAACAAGUGCCAGCGGAGCUGGAGCCUCGUCCUGGAGUCACUACGGCAACCGCUCAUCAACAGGCAUUUAAUUUAUUGCCUCUGGGACAUCAUCCUGGAAUUCCUGGAUCUCAGUGCCCCCGUUGAGGAGCCUCCCACGAGCACCUCUGCCUCCGAUGCCCCUGCCAACCCCAAGAGGCCGGGCGUCUCUCUGCCGCCCAGAGACCGGGCAGCCAGCCCUGCCCUCUGACCUGGGCUGUGGCUCAGGAGCGUGGGUCUCGGCGGCAGGGUUUUCCCCUAGUUCUCCCCCUGUUGUAGCAGGUGAUAGAGGGAUGCAGGUACCAGUUGUAUUCAUGUCCCGUUGUCUUACCUUUUUUAUGGUUCUGGGAGUAUUGCUCAUGGGUAGAUUGUGUUUCCGUUGGAAAAGGAAUCUGUGAGGUAAAGGAAUGAGUCCCCCCACCCCCUUCAUAAGAUUAUUUGCCGAUGGCCUGGCCCAGUGUAUACGUGUACCUAAUCCACCAACACACAAAAUCUAGGUAAACCAAGAAAAAAGGACAGCCAGAUUUCCCUGGGGGAGAAGACCGUCUGCUGAGCUCUCUGUCCCCACCAGGAAACUGAAGGAUCAUUCAGGACCACUCCUGAAAGCCAGACCCCGGUCCUGCCUGGGUUCCCAGCGUGUCCAGGAGAGGGAGGGCAUUUCUCCAGGGACGUCUUGCUCUCUGGCUAUUUUCCACCACACCAGCCCUAUGGGCAUGGCGUCGAAGGCUGCCUCCCGGGUGGCUACGCCUUCCCCCCAGAGAGACUGCACAGCAGACUGCCAGAGCCUCUGGUAGAUCCACCCCGCCCUCCACGCCGUUUCCUGAGAGAAAGUUGCGUCACAGACUUUAUUUCUUCUGUUUCCUCCUAGUCUCCUCCCCAAGAGUCGUUGAGUUUGGUCCUUUGUGACCUCUCUUCUCUCAACAAAAAUCACAAGGCGACAUAUACACUCAGCUCAGGGCUGCCAGUGGGAAGGGACACACUCGCUCCGCAGCUGAGCGUGCCCGGAGGGCAGGGCCCCAGGAACGACGGGGAAGCUUUAAACCGGAACCAGUGAUGCUAGCAAACUCGCCAGGAGUUGGUUGUCCAUGAAAAGGUUUUAACUUCCUGUUCUUAAGGAUUUAACUAGUCUUUAAGAACACCAGUGAUGAAGGCCACGGGCCGUGUCAGGCUGCAGGGUCUUCAGAAAAUACGGAACAGUUAGGCCCUGGCCAAGGAGCUCAGUUGGCUAGAGCUUUACCCCCAUACACCAAGGUUGCAGGUUUGAUCCCUGGUCAGGGAACAUAAAAGAAACAACCAAUAAAUGCAUAAAUAAGGGAACAACAAA